UUAGUAAUCAUUCUUCCUCUUAACUCUGUCUCUCUCACUCACGUGCGCGGCACACAAAAUCAUCACCUACCAAAUUUAAUGCGAACUUAUCAACAAGAAGAAAAAUUGGGGUCAACCUUCUUGUCUUCAAACUGCUCAAAAAAAAAAAAAAAAAAUGAUCAGAGAGGAAGUGCAACAACUCGUUUUCUCUCUCCUUCUUCUUCCAUCUCUAUUUCUCUUCAUCUUCUCUUCCAAAGCAAAUGCAAAAUCUGUGAUUGAACCUUGCAGCUCUUCAGAUUCAUGCACUUCCCUUCUCUCUUAUAACCUUCCUUGGGACUCAAAGCUCUCAGAGAUAGCCUACAGGUUCCAAGUCAACAUUUCUGAUGUCUUAGCCUCCAACUCCAUUGACCCAACACCAGCAUUGUCAUGGGACCUAAUCAUGCCUGCAAAAUCCAUGGUCAAGGUGCCCAUUUCGUGUCCAUGCGUAGACGGCAUUCGACGUUCAAUGUCAACCAUCUAUACGGUCCGAGCAGCAGAUAAUGUGAGCUCCAUUUCUGAAGGAUAUGGUGGGCUUGUUAGUGCAGAGCAGAUUAGGAUUGCUAAUGGUGUUAGUGUGAAGAACCCGGUGACGGGUGGUCAAGGCCUUGUGAUUCCAUUGCCAUGUACAUGCUUCAACAACAGCAACAAUGGCGCUACAACUGUGUAUAUGUCACAUGUGGUGCAGAGUGGGGAGAGUUUGGGCAGCAUUGGGGCAGAGUAUGGGACUACUGUUAGUAAUUUGGAGGGCAUUAAUGGCCUUGGCCAACCCCAAGUUGAUCCUGGAGACAUACUGGCUGUUCCACUCCCUGCAUGUUCAUCAGCAAAUUUAAAUUGGCGCAACGAGAGUCUAAUUGUUCCAAAUGGUUCAUUUGCUUUAACGGCCAAUAAUUGCAUCAAAUGCAGCUGUAGACAAAGCGAUCUCAGCUUGCAGUGUUCACCAUCAGGUAUUGUUGCCUCUUGCUCUCAUUUGCAGUGCAAAGGGUCUAAUCUCUUUAUUGGCGACGUCUAUGAGAAGCCAACGGCAUUGGGUUGCAAUGUCACCGCAUGCAACUACCGUGGCCAUUUUGGCCGUAAAAUUUUUAGAAGUUUGGUUAAUUCUUCUCAUAUUCAGUGUUCAGGUAAUGGGAGUCAUGCCAUAGUGUCACCCUGUCCAUCUUCAUCAUCAACUAAUAUCAACUUAUCUCCGUCUCAGUCGCCAUCCCCGUCACCAUUUUCGGCUUCAAUUCAACCUGUGGGGAUAGAUGCAUCCAAUGCUACAAAUAAACAUAAUACAAGCAUUGCUAGUGAUACAAGGUUGCUCAGUGAAGGUUGUAUCCUUAGUUUAUUGGUUCUACAGCUUGUCCUUUAUUUUUUAUGUUGAUUAAUUUGUUUAUUCAGUUAUGUUGAUUAUUCAAUUAAUGUGGUUGAUUACAUUGCUGAGAAGUCGGUAAAAAUUAAUAAGGGUAACUUGCAACCUCAAACAGAAGUUCGAUUCCCUUCAUUUGAGGCCAACCUAGGGAAUUUUCCUGGACCAACCUGUAGCAUGAUUUUGGAUGUGUUGAUGAUUAUUGGGAGUGACUUGUUAAAUUGGAAAUACCCUCAAUGUAAAGAAAAAAUAAAACGGACCAGUUAGCAUGAUUUUAGAGUGACAUUUUAUUGUGCCUUUCGUAGCAAUAUUUUGGCGACAAGCAACUGCUGAGCUUGUAUUAGUAUUAUUUUUUUGAUAUUGGUAUUUAAAUUUGGCCCCUAUCAUGUUUGAGACUAUUGAUAUUAAUUUUAAAUAGUUCAUAACAUAUCAGAUUUUUUUUUUUUGUCAAAACUCAUAUUACCAAAUUACAAAAAAAAAAAAAAAAAAAACCAAAAAAAAAACAAGCAUAAUGCCUAAAAUCACAUGCCAAACGAGCUUAAAACUUGAUGAUUUGUGUUGAUGCAGUUGGGAACGUCAAAAAAAGAACCAAGACUGACACUCGCAGCGUAUACUUCCAAGAUCAAGUAAAUAAUUAUAUAUCAAACCAUAUUUUUUGAAAGGAUCUGAAAAAUAAUAGCCCCCAAACAGGGAAUAGGGAUAACAUUGUUGCAAACACAGAAA